AUGUCAAAACCGCCAUCAACAAAGAUCGGUCUCGAAUGCCUACAAAUUGAAAAACGCGAAGAAUGUAUAGAAAUUUUAAACGCCGCUGGUUACAAGAAAGUGAUGUCGUCAUCACUAGAUUAUUUCGAUAGGAUUGUUGGCGGAAUGGUUUGGUGUUUAGUGCGGUGUAAUAUAUCGGUUGAUUUGAAUCUACUCUACGAGGAGAAUUGCUCAAUAGGACACCGAAUAUCCACGACAGAAGUGAUAGUUAGAGCGUUGCUAGGAUUGAAUUGCCCGUAUCGCAUCGAGCCGCAUCAAAUUCAGGGAUUGGACUACGUCAGCAUUUUUCCGAUCAUCCAAUGGUUGGUGAAAGUCUCUGAGGAGAUGUCGAAGAAGGACAAGCUUGAGAAUACCGCGCAAUGGUACGCGAAUAUAGUCGAGUAUUACAACAAUCAGAUAAACGAAGACCUGCAGGCGAAGAAGAAAGAGUUCAUGGAGUUCCUUGACAAACAGGUCAGCGAGGACAAGACGUUCACGAAGCGGAAUAUGAAGCGCACCGAAAUUAGUCGGCCGAUGAAUUUGGAGAUCGACGCGCGCACCACGUUCGCCGAGUACGUGCAGGCGGUCAAGGACGUGGUGCAGAAGAAGACGUCGGAGAGCAUCAAGGAGUUCAAGGCGAAUGAGGCAACGGCGGCGCUGGAAGCUUGCAGCAGUGAGAAAGUUCGAUACGCUGUCGGGCGGUGGAUUAAAGAGAAUUUGGAUAGCGCAAAAAUUGAGGAGAUUUAUCAAGCGGAAAUGAGCAAUGACAAAGAAGGAAGGGAGCGGUAUGAAGAAGUCAUUAACAAUAUUAAUGAAGAACUCCGACGACUCACCAAAAUGAUCGAGUUUGACGCGUUUCAAUACGCGCAAGCUCAAGUCGAAUAUAUUAGUCUUGAGAAGCAGUGGUCGCAUGUACAUGAGCUUGUUAAAGGGUACUCCACUGACGAUAACCAAAAGCUCAACGAUCUUGUCAAGCGUUAUAAUGAGGUUAAGAAGCAUUCGAAGACGGUGUGCUCUGAACUGUGUCGAGACAUUGGUCAGGUCGAUGAGAAGCUUCGAGCCGCACGAUUGAACAUUGAUGAGCAUGGGACGCUUGGCAAGUAUGAGGUGAAAACGCGUGAGGUCGUCGACAAACUAUGCGAUGAGAAGACGGAACGACGACAGUUGGCCGUCAAUCUCGCCGUAAUGCAACGGAAAAUUGAUGAGAGUCUGACGGCGACCGUCGAAACACAAUUCCAUAAGCGGGUGAUGGAAAGAGCCGAAGACAAUUUUGACGUUGGAAUUCCAGUGAUCACACUGAACACACAAUUGAAGACGAUGGUCAUGCAGCAUAAUACCGCCGUUGAUAUUCUGCAUUACACGACGAAAAUAUUGAGCUAUGCGAAUCGUCUUGAAGAAGAGGAGCUGCCGAAGCCGUUGUUCAAAAAGACGUGCGAAGAGUACCGAAUCGCAUUCAUGGCCUAUAUGACCGAUGUGAAGGCGCAACUCUCCGAAUUCCAUAUGAAGGCGAAAUACACGCAAGAGAGCCUUUGGGAGGAGAAGCAGAAGGUGGCGAGGAAGCGAGUAGAUCUUCGCGAUAAGCUUCGAGAGAUGAACACUAGAGCUGAGUACAUUGAGAAGAUUCUGAAGACCAACGACUAUAUCCAUCAGUACCAGCAGCUGCUUGAGCGGGUUUUAACACUUGUCGAGCCGGCUGAAGAAUGA